CACUUGAAAAAACAGAGAAUAGGGAUGAAGAGGAAGAGAAACGAAGCAGGCGAAACCAUGGAGAUUGUGUGGCAAACUCCGGCCAACCCUCCCCAGCGCCAAGAUUACAUUUUUCGAGACGGCAUAAGAUACGUUAAACCUUACUAUUUCGAGUUCAUCUCACAUGCUAAGAAUCGCUGGGCAGGGAAGACGAUUGUCGAUUUAUUUGCCGAUGAAUUUAAGGGCCGGCCUCGCGAUUAUUAUGUGUCGGCAGUGAAAUCUGGACGCAUACAAGUUGACGGGCAGAUAGUACCUGUAUCGUACAUAGUUCGUUCGUCACAAAAAAUCAGCCAUUUUCUGCACAGGCACGAACCACCAGUUAUGGCUAUGGAUGUACAGAUUCUCCAUACCGAACCCGAUGUCUUGACUGUUUAUAAGCCUGCUUCCGUCCCCGUUCAUCCAUGUGGGCAAUACAGAAAGAACACAGUCGUCGGUAUACUUGAAGCAGAGCAUGACUUGGCACCAAUAUUCCCAAUUCAUCGAUUAGAUCGUUUGGUUUCCGGACUUCUUAUCCUUGCCAGAAGUGCAUCUAAGGCCGACAUUUUCCGUCAACAGAUUGAAUCGGGAGAGAUCAAGAAACAGUAUAUUGCGAAGGUGGUAGGAGUAUUUCCCGAGAAUGAGCAAGUUGCUAAUGUAAACAUCAACUACAACGCUCGAGAAGGAAAGAGCACGGUUGAGAUCGAAAACGGUUCCAAAGGCAAAGUUGCUUGUACGAAAUUCACUAGAAUCAGUACUAACGGAACGCAAAGCAUCGUUUUGUGUGAACCAAUCACCGGCAGGACACAUCAGAUACGUGUACAUUUGCAGUUUCUGGGGCAUCCGAUAGCAAAUGACCUGCUUUACCUAUCGGAAUGCGUUCCCAAUCGUUCGAUUGAAGGUUUUAGUGCUGAUAGAGCUGCAGCAGCUAAUUCAGGACUUCACAUAAAACCCGAUAAUUCUACAGAUGAUUCUGCUGAAGAUUUUGACAUCGAUCCUAUGUGUACCAACUGUCCCGAUUUGUCACCUAAAGGAUAUGAUGGACGCGAAGAGGGUUUAUGGCUGCACUGUGUUCGAUAUUCAGGGCCCGACUGGACUUACGAGUGCCCAUAUCCCAACUGGGCUUCUCUUUCCUAAUGUUCGUCGCCUGUUUGCUAUGUUUUCCAUCAACUAUUGUCGAUUUUCU